AUGGACACGAGACUCAAGUACAAGGAACAUAUCGCGAGGGUAGCGUCCAAAGGCUUGGAGGCAGCGAUGGAGCUUCGGCGACUUCGCGGUCUGACCUCAGUAACUGCACGCCAGCUAUUCACAUCGACAGUGGCCCCGGUGGUAGACUACGCUUCUACCGUCUGGAUGCACGCUUGCAAGGACAAGGCCAGCGGACCGAUCAACCGAGUCCAAAGGGUGGGAGCGCAAGCAAUUGUAGGGACGUUUCUCACAGUUGCGACCAGCGUAGCGGAGGCAGAGGCUCACAUUGCCGCUGCACAACACCGUUUUUGGAGAAGGGCCGUGAAAAUGUGGACGGACAUCCACACCCUUCCAGAAACCAAUCCGCUCCGCAGGAGUACAGCCUGCAUCAAGAAGUUCAGGAGAUACCACCGUUCACCGCUGUACCAGGUAGCGGACGCGCUGAAAAACAUUGAGAUGGAGACACUGGAAACCAUCAAUCCGUUCACAUUAGCACCAUGGGAGACACGCAUGCAGACUGGUGUUGAAGCAAGGCCGGACUCACGGACUGUACCGGGCGGAUCAAUGCAAGUCGCGGUUAGCAGCUCGGCACGAAACGGGCUCGUAGGAUUCGGGGUGGCGAUCGAGAAACAGCCACCUCGGUAUCGAAAGCUGAAACUGAAGAGCUUUUUCGUGACAUUAGGCGCAAGAUCAGAGCAAAAUCCAUUCUCCGCGGAGCUAGCAGCAAUGGCGCACACGUUGAACAUGCUAGUGGGACUGGAAGGCUACAGGAUCACGCUGCUCACGAGCAACAAAGCGGCGGCCCUCACGAUAAGGAACCCUCGACAGCAGUCGGGCCAGGAGUUCGUCUGCCAAACAUACAAGUUGAUAAAAAGACUGCAGAGAAAGGGAAACCACAUCAAUAUUCGGUGGGUCCCCACCAGUAAGGACAAUAAACUACUAGGUCUAGCCAAGGCGCAGGCCAGAACUGCGACCCAGAAGGAUGCCGUCCCGCAAGGAUCGGUCCCCAGGAUGAAGUCAACAACACUGAAUAUCGCUCGAUCCCAAGCAGCUACCAGCAAUGACCUGCCAGAGAACGUAGGAAGACACGUGAAACGAAUAGAUGCAGCACUGCCAGGAAAACAUACUCGACAGCUGUAUGAUCGAUUAUCGUGGAAAGAAGCGAGCGUGCUGGCCUAG